AUGUCUGCGCUCUUUGGAUCAUGGGCCAGCAUGCAGGACAUACAGACGCUGGACGACAUCCUUGAUCAUUUUGCCGUCCCGGAAAGGGUCUGGCGAGCCUUCGAGCUCCAGGUAGGGUCGCCAGGGGCCGACUUACGGUUACUGGCCUUGCCUGAGGUGGCGUUGAUCACAGGGUGUGGCCAGGCACAGACCGACGAGGGCAUCCUAACACCCAUCCAGGCGACUCAGGUGGGCUUGGUAUGGCGGCUGGCACGUCGUGUGGUGGCAGCCCAAUCGGGAGUAAGCGAGGAGCAGUUCAUAGACGUGGACCCUUGGAUGGAAGCAGUAAAUGAAGCAGCAGGAGGAGGACCUCAAGGAGAUACAGGCCGUCCUGAACCUUUGGGGAGGUCUGGAGGGGGAGUCAAAGAGAGGGUGCGUAAAAUGAAUUCGUUGAUUGAUCAGUAUGACGAGUCAGAACUCCUCCCCCCUGCGGCGAUGGAUGUGGAUAGGUGGUAUCAGAACUAUGUCAUGGUGAUGGGCUCACAGCCGGACGAAGCUGAGGAACCAACAUCAGCACAGCUGGCGGCCUUGCACAAGAGGGUUUACAUAGAGAAUAGGGGCCCCGUAUACAAGACUUCUCAGUUUGGACACCGUUUGAAAGGACCAGCGAGUCACAGUGCUUGGAGGGCAUCGUGGAACGUGUUCAAGGUGGCCUGCUUGAUGCUGAACAUUUGCAGUUUGGCGUCUAUGGAGGCGUAUUCAAGACAGAUUGAAAAGUUGGUGACCCAAUGGCCUCGAUGCUGGGGUUUGAUUUACACAGCAGACGAUGCAGCCCGUGCUGAGAAGUUGGGGAAGCUGAGACGCCGACUGACAAUUGAGUCAGCUCAGAACCGGCAGGUACAGCUUCCUCCAGCCAUGUGGAAUCAAGGAAGACGAAAGUCAACAGGGACAAACGCCAAGCACGAAAGAGGCGCCUUGCUGCAGAUCGAGAAGAACUUGCGAGACAUCGUUCCUCGACGGGCAGUGGUUCAAAGGGCCGCGGAAGCUGCGCCGAUGUACCUCCAGGUGGAGAAUGUCGUGGAGCCGUUAAACGGAUCCAUAAGUGCCGCCUGCGGAAUGAAGGAGGCCGAAGACGCCCUUGAUGGCGAGUCGUCGCCCGACUAUGGAGGCGAUGAGCAGCCAGGCAAAGAGCCUGCGAAGGCAGAGCCGGCCGUAAUCAAACAGGAGACAAAGGUCGUAGAGCCGAACCAAGAAGAGGUCACCCAGGAGAAGGCCGCUGACGAGAGAGAUAAAGCCUCACCUGGUGACGUGGCCGAAAGCGCUGGAGGAGAAAGAGAUCAACUUGGUGAAUCCAUAAAGAGGGAAGCCCGAGCAGCGCGGCUGGAGGUCUAUGUGGAGUCCCUGGACCGCAAGAAAGAUGCUGAGGUGAACCUGGCAAGCCACGCGACUUAUGACGAGAUUGACAAGUCAGUCAUGAGCGGUGAAUGGGAUGGCUUUCAUAGCGGUUUCCCAUGCGGCUCAUUUAGCCGAGUACGCUGGAAAGACUCACCUGGAGGAGCUCAUCCAGUGCGGAGCCCGGGAACACCCCCAUGCAGCAGAAGGAAGCUGAUGAGGGAACGGAUGGCUACACGAUCAGCCUGGUUGCACCAGAAGCAGAUAGAAACCUGCAAGAGGAGGGCCGUUCCGGAGGUAUCUACAUUGGAGAACCCUCCGGGGGCAGAGAACACAGGGUCUUCUUGGGACGUGCCUGAAGUGAAGGCAGUCAUCUCCGAGACAAAGUCCUCCUCGGUUGAGUUCAACACGUGCGCCUUUCAGAGCAAGUUGAGAAAGAGGUGGUACAAACCUGCAAGGUGGGUAGGAAAACUGGAAUCCAUGAACACCCUCUCCAAUGUCUGCAAGUGCCCAGCUUGGGUAGAGCACGUGCCACUUGUGGGCAAGCAGAACACAGAGGCAGCUGGAGCCUACCCAGAGGAGCUGACCACCGAGGUAGCACGCAAGGUGGUGAACACGUGGAAGAGGGUGCUCAACUUGGAAUGGCUCAGAUGGCAGGUCAUGCAAAGGUCGUCACAGGUGAGCGAGCUUCAGGCAAAGUGGCUGAAGAACGAGGCGGUCUCAAAAGCAGUGGAAGCCAAGGGCGAGGAGAAAGAGGAACUCCCAUCUUCAUCAGCGGGACCUUCCAAACGACAGAGGAAAGAAGAGCAGAAUGAUUUUGCGAUUGGAGGGAUGCGCAAUCCAGCAGUGGCCGUGGCAAGUUUGCACCAGGUGAGAAAAGCGGGGGAGCAGAUAAGUGCGGCAUGGUUGGACUUUUUGAAAGACCACCCAAAGGCCCUGGAUGCUGCGAUCCACUAUGGCUCGAAAGAGACAAAGAUCGACGAGGCAACGUUGGCAGCAUGGAGAGACAGAUUGGAGAGCCUUUUGGGAGUGGAGCCACAAGAUGGGGUGACUCUAAAGGAGGCGGUAGAGUUCGUAUCACCGCUUCAUGCGCCAUUGUGGGACGCAUGGAGGGUCUGUUCAAGAGAUCCUGAGCAGUUCGUGGGUCAAUGGGCCAGAGAAGGAGUUCCACUGGGCAUGGACAUGGAGAUCCCGGUAGAGUUCUUCCUGUUGGAUUUGCAAGACGCCUUCUGCCAUUUCGGAGGUCAGACCCAGGUGUACAUCGACGAUGUGGCCCUCGCGAUCAGGGGAUGCAAGGAGCUGCGCAACCUCCAAUUGGCGAAGGUGCUGUACGUGCUGUCGGCCUUCGGAGUCCAGAUAUCCAUGGGCAAAGGUGAACGAGGAAAGCGCGUGACAUGGAUAGGCACCACCUUCGAGCUACAGCCCAACGAGGUGAUCUUGGGGACACCCCGCAAGCUGGUCAUGGAGAACCAAGAGACACUGGCCGCUUGGACGGGGAAAGGUAUGAUCGCAACCAAAGAAUUACGGUCUUUCUUGGGCAAGCUAGCAUGGGUGUCGGGCAUCGUGCCCAGGUUGCGAUGGACAGUCGCAACCCUCUAUGCAGUCCUCACAAAGGCCCUCAAGGAGGAAGCUUCGGAGGAGGCAUCGGGGGCAUGCUUAUCCACAAGGUGGGAUAUCAUGGAGGCGUUUGAGGCCCCCAUCCAGGCCCAUCAAGCCGCCGCACUGGAGAUACAGUUCAUGGAGGCGUCGGGGUCUUGGACCGCCUUGGCAGUGUUGAGGGCAUUACAGCUGUGGGCAGCGAAAUUUGCAGAAAACGGCAAUCGUCAUCAGAAGCGACAGCACAGUCGCACUGGCAAUGUCAAAGAAACUGUCGUCACCUACAAAGAGAUCGAGGAGAAAUGCCCACUCCAGCAGGUCAAGCUCCGGCGUACGACCGCCCUCUCAGAGCGCAGCCUCUUCAUGCGACCCCCAGGAUUCGAGUGGAGCCAGAUGCUGGACAGACAGUUUGGAGCAUGCCGGAGAGCAAUGCAGCGAGAUAAAGGUCCCGAAGUAAGAGCGAAGGAGGUCAAGCUAGAUGCCUCCAUGCACAAUGCGUGGGACUCUGAGAACUAUGCUUGGGCUGUCACGUGGAUGCUGAGGGCCAUCGAGGCAGCGAACGUCAAGGCGAAGGACGUGAUGGUGAAGACUGACAGCAAAGUUGUCAGACUAAAUGUGAGAAAGUCCAAGACGGACCAGAAAGGAGUGGGCACGUGGAGAACGCUGAGAUGCUGCGGCCUGGAGGAGUGCAAAAGAGACUGCCCGUUCGACCUGGCAAUCAGGGCACUUAACGACCUGAAAGGAGCAACGGCCGACACCCCCCUCUUCCCUGACAGCAAGGGAGGUCCCAGGUCAAAGAUCCACAUGGUGACAGCUUGGACGAAACACAUCGAUGAAGAAAUGACGGGCCACUCAGCUAGGAGGUCGGGAGCCAUGAAGUAUGCCCGACAGGGCAUGAGCGUGCAGGCAAUACAGUUCCUGGGGAGAUGGAAGUCGUCAGCCGUGUUCAGGUAUAUAGAAGAAGCAAUGACGGAAAUACCAAUGAACACCACGACAGACGGCAUGGAACUGGAGUCAAAAUCCAUGGAGGCCAGCCCAAACAAAAGAGUAUUGAGGCCGAAGUCAUCAGCCUCAGCCAAGAAAGCUCGAAAAGAAGACAACUCACCAGAGAGCCCACCGAAACAUCUGGUGGAUGAGCCAGAAAAGGGCCCAGUCUGUGGUAUCGAGAUCAAGGGGCACUUGGACGAAACACGUGGUGGGCCAAGCGUCAUGGGGCAUCCCGCUGGACUCAUGGGCAACCAUCUGUGGCUGGAACUUUGCCCGACGGAAUGUCAAAGUGGAGUUGACGCAAAGGCCAAGCGGCCAAGCAAAGGAACUACAGAUUGCAAGAAAUGCUUCAGGAUAUUGAGUGAGCGCGACGGAGUCAAAGGAGCAAGAGAGUGGGCGCCAAGCUUGAAGCUUUAA